GCACCGAACUGAAGGCGCGACUUUAGCCAGGUCAUCAAAUAUAGAUCAGUGAUGGGAAAGCCACCUCAGGGUAGCCUGUCCGGCUUGCCAUACUCUGCCGAGAUUCGCCACGCGUUGAGUGUCGAGGAUGGAAGGCAAACGUGCAUGCUGGCACGUAUAAAUGCGAGGGGCGAAUACCAACUUUCGACUCAAUCCUUUCAGGGUUAAGACCUCUCUUGCAUCACAAACAUGAAAGUCAUCUCACCCACCACGAUUAUCAUGUACGCUACAGUGAUGGCUGGUGUCGCUACCGCGAGCAACCCUAUCGGCCAGUCCUGCACCACCCCUGGUGUUGUUGGGCAAUUCCUCGCUGUGAAACAUCCCCGAAAAGGAGCAUUUCCUGCAUGGACAAGUCAAGCUGCACUUGACAGUGAUAGGAACUUGCCUAUCCAUUUACAAGGCGGUAACGUAUGGUGGACUUGUGAUACUCCGACAGCUGAUGAUACUGGUUCCACUGCACCAAAGGCACUUGCCCGUAGCUCUGUUUUGUUCCCCCUCAAGCGUUGGGCACGUCAGAUCUUUCUUCAAUUGGACUUGGAGUCUCAAGAGCGCACAACUCAUUUCGGUCUACGCAGACGAGCAACCGAGGUGCUAUCAGCUCUUCCAAGGACGUCCCAUUUUCUCAAUAAAUCCACCGCGUUGGUUUCCAAGCUCUUUUGGCCAGAAGAGGCACGUCAGAGCGAACCUGAUAUACUCGAGGACGUCUGUAAGAUUGCGAAAGAAGAGCCGGAUGUGUUGGGCCACGUUCCAGAGAUGGGAUGGUCUGGUCCUACAAGUUUGAAGGAACAUUGA